UCGUCAUACAUCCUCAAUCGCCUGAUCUUCGUUUGGUAAUACCCCACUUCAAUCACUUUGGUGAGACUCAAAUCACGUUCUUGAUCUCGAGCGUCUUCACUCUGGUCUAGAAGAAAGUUCCAAAGUGGUUCAAAGUGGAAGGAAUACGGGGAAGACACCCUUCUUAACCCGCCACUCAACAUGGGUCUCUUGAGCGGGAGUAUGGAAUCUCUUUCGAUAAAAGGAAAAUCGAGAAGAGAUUCAGAUGCUUCAGGAUCAAGUAGGAACCCCCCAGAUGGGAAUCCGGAUGAUACGAGUACUUUGGAUAAAGAAGAGGGGAACGUUUUGAUGUCGAUUAUCUCUCAAUUACGUCCAGGUAUGGACUUGUCAAAGAUCGCUUUACCGACUUUUGUACUUGAACCUAGGAGUUUGUUAGAGAGGAUCACCGAUUUCUUCUCACAUCCCGAGCUUAUCUUUGGUGUCGGAGAAGAAGACGACCCAAAACAACGUUUCCUCGCCGUCAUGACUUUUUAUCUCUCCGGAUGGCAUAUCAAGCCCAAAGGUGUUAAAAAGCCAUACAACCCUGUUCUGGGAGAGUUCUUUCGGUGUACUUACUUCUACGCCGAUGGCUCGGAAGGUUUUUACGUCGCUGAGCAGGUCUCACAUCAUCCCCCCGUCUCCGCGUUCUUCUAUGUCAGCCCGAAGAAUCGACUGCUUAUAACCGGCGAACUGAAGCCUAAAUCCAAAUUCCUCGGUAACAGUGCGGCGACAAUCAUGGAAGGAGAAGAUAGAAUACGACUUUUGGAUCGACCAGGUGAUGGAGAUUAUGUCAUCACUAUGCCUAACACAUACGCUCGUGGUAUUUUAUUCGGAAAGAUGAUACUCGAAUUGGGCGAUUUGUCCACCAUUGCCAACCCUCAAACUGGCUACACUUGCGAUGUAGAGUUCAAAACGAAAGGAUGGAUUUCGGGAGGUUAUAAUGUUAUAAAUGGUCGUGUCAAAGGUCCCGGUAAGACGGACGUGGGAGAGGUGACGGGACAUUGGCAUUCGACUAUCGAAUAUGGGGAUAAAGGGGCAGGGAAGAAACAAGUCAUGUUUGAUUCGGCGAGUGCGAAGAUAGCUCCAAAGGCUGUAUUGCCAGAGUCUGAGCAGGAGGAGUAUGAGUCAAGGAGGUUAUGGGCAAAGUUGACAACUGCCAUCAACUCGGCCGAUAUGUACGGAGCGACGGCAGCCAAGACUGCGGUAGAGGAUAAACAGAGAGAGUUAGCUAAAAAGAGAGAAGUGGCGGGAGAGAGUUUACCACCAUCUAGAUUCUUCACACAUGUAGAAGGGGAUAAAUGGAUGCCUAAGAUAGGUGUUGAUACUCUGCCAAAGGAUCCAAUAGAGAUGGAAGAAGCUGUUAGAAAGUGGAUUUUCGGAGAUCACUCGCCUACUUUACAAGGAACACCCAGUCGGUCUCCUACCACUUCCACUAGAUCAGGUGCGACACAAGCCACACCGGUUCCUGUACCUCCUGUUGGACCAGCAUUAGCGACCAGCAGUGGAGUGGUAUCACCUCCGGCUAGCAGCACUGCUCCGGGUCCACCCAAAUCAGGACCGAAAUACGAUCACCCAGUGGGAACAGGUUCAUGAGAGUCGUUUUCACAUUAUUGAUCAUGUGUUUGAUAGUAUAUAUCAGAUGUACUUGUGCACAUGCAAACGCCACCCGCGUUGCCUCU